AUGGAAGCUUUCUGGGGUUUAGUUAACCUGUUUCAGAGCACGGCCAUGGGGGAUGCAGCACCAGCAGAGCCUCCAGAGCCCAGGGCUGCUCGCUGCAGGCUCUUCAAUUCCAGCAUGAGGAGCGUGGCCAGCAGGCUCAGGACCUUCCAGCAGUGGCCCCACACUGCCCCCGUGUCUGCCCAGGACCUGGUGGAUGCUGGAUUUUUCUACAUUGGCCCUGGGGAUGAAGUGCAGUGUUUCUGCUGUGGUGGUGUCCUGAAGGACUGGAGACCUGGUGAUUACCCCUUAAUAGAGCACGUGCAUUUCUUCCCUUCCUGUAAAUACAUCCGUGGGGAGAAUGCUGGGAACCAGGAGAUGCUGUCCCUGCAGGAGAUCUUUGACACUGUGGAUGGGCAAUUCCUGAGUGUCUUGCAGGGGAUAGUCAGUGAGGAGCCAGCCAUGCCCAACGAGCCAGAGUACCCUGAGAUGGUGACAGAGGAGAUGAGACUGUCUACAUUUGAGAACUGGCCACAAAAUUCCAGCAUUCAUCCAGAGCAACUGGCUAGAGCAGGGUUCUUUUACACAGGACGAGGAGAUGUAGUGAGGUGUUUUUACUGUGAUGGAGGCGUGAGGAGCUGGUCCUUAGGAGAUGAUCCUUGGAGGGAACAUGCCAAAUGGUACCCAGAGUGUGAAUUUUUACUGCACUCAAGGGGGAGAGAAUUUGUCAACAGUGUUCAGGCAACCUUUUCUGGCACCCUGCUGGCUCCUAGACAUUCCUGGGACCAGACUGAGCAAGACUCCUCUCCUUCCCAGGAUCCCCUGAGGAACUGGAAAUUGCUGGCUCAUCCUUCUGAGGAUCAGAGUCUCAUAGUGCAGAAUGUCCUGCAGAUGGGCUUUGACCCCACCUGGGUGGCAAACCUGGUAGAGAAUAAAUUUGCGCUGACUGGGACUUUCUACCUGUCUGAGUCUGAGCUGAUCUCAGACCUGCUGCAGUCAGGCUGGGGGGCCAGCAGCAGUGCAGGAGGGAGGAGAGGUGCUGUUCAGAGAGAGACUGGAACAUCAAGACAAGAAAUGCGAUCUGUGCAGCAAAAGGAAUCAGAGACUCAGCUGAGCACAGAGGAACAGCUCCGGCGCCUGCAAGAGGAGAGGAUGUGCAAAGUGUGCAUGGACAGAGAUGUGUCUGUGGUGUUUGUUCCCUGUGGCCACCUGGUAGCCUGUGAAGCUUGUGCCCUCAACUUGAGGCUGUGUCCCAUCUGCAGAGCUGCCAUCCGGGGCAGUGUGAGAGCCUUCAUGUCCUGA